AUGACGAGCAAUAAUACAUCAAGCUCACAUCCUCUACAAGACGCAGAGUUACCAACAGGCUCGGCGCCAUCUAAUAAUAUGAUGAGCCAAGCGCUUUCCUCGGGGUGGGUGCUGAGGUCCGACACCAAACCCAACAAUAAGAGAGCUUUGGACCUACAGGUAGCCUCAGCAAAACAACAGAAGCGGCGAUGCAACAUACCUGUUCUAGAAGGAGAGGCUGGAGAGGACGGAGUUGUCGUUGGCGGAAUUCUGAAAGUGAAGGCAAAACACAGAGACCUAGCACAAGCUUUUCUCAUAAGAGAUGAUGGCACAGACUUGGUGAUUCCGCACGAGGUAUUUCUCCGCGUUCUCGAUGUUCUUUACAAAAAGGAUGACAUCGCGACGUUGAUUUGCCUGGGGCUUGCGAGGAAAGUAUUUUGGUGCUAUAAAAAGCGACAGCAUCAUCGCAAUUACUCAAAGCUUUCACCAUUGACUAAGAUAACGUUGGCACCACGUUUGCAUGAGUGGAUGGGCUUGAGUUAUCGAAUCGCCUCAAAGAGAACGUUGUCACUUGCAGCCCGCAAUCAAUGCAACGUGAUGUAUCUAUCACGGCAGGUUUACGGCAAGAGAGGUAGCGACGAGGAGACUGCCAUGACUGGCAGAUACCACACUCGUAUUAAUCUACAGAUUCCACAACCAGGGGUUCGAGGAUGGCCUCUUUACAGAACGCUUGUCUCACCAUUCGGCGAAGGUGUCGAGUGGUACGAAAGAGCACUCAAUGAUAUCUUGCAGCGAGCAAAGCUCUGGAGGCAAGGAUCAGGAGUUCGUUGGGACGAAGCUUUGGAUCAUUUCUGGAGCAGUUACUUCUCUGACCCUUUUAAAGAGUGGGUAGGAGACUACACGGAGGAAGGGGAGCACACCGAUGGUGGUCAAUAUGAGCUUUUCGCUGCGAAACAAAAGUUCGAAGCAUGGGAAGAGCAGUUCCUGGAAGGAUAUCGGCUAUGGGAGGAGGAAGACGAUUAA